GCACGCCUGUACAAAGGCAAACAUCUUCCCGCGAAGAAGCUAUUUCAGUCAAAUUUAUCGACCUUGAACUUGAAGACAGCCACCAACACUCGUGAAAAUCUCGUGAAAAGCGCCGCCAUGAAGUACAUUCUCGUAACCGGAGGCGUUAUCAGCGGAGUUGGGAAAGGUGUGAUUGCCAGCUCCUUCGGGACGUUACUCGACUGUGUUGGGAUUCCCGUGACAUCGAUUAAGAUCGAUCCGUACAUCAAUAUCGACGCUGGCACCUUUUCGCCCUACGAGCAUGGCGAAGUUUACGUUUUGGACGACGGCGGUGAAGUGGAUUUGGAUUUGGGCAAUUACGAGAGAUUUUUGGAUGUGACGCUGCAUCGCGACAACAACAUUACGACGGGAAAAAUUUACAAACAAGUCAUCGAAAAGGAACGUGAGGGAAGUUAUUUGGGCAAAACCGUGCAAGUCGUGCCACAUAUCACGGAUGCGAUUCAGGAAUGGGUUGAACGAGUUGCCAAACAGCCUGUCAAGGGAAAAAAUACGCCACAAGUGUGCAUUGUCGAGCUGGGCGGCACAAUUGGUGAUAUCGAAGGCAUGCCCUUCGUCGAGGCAUUUAGACAAUUUCAGUUCCGGGUAAAACGCGAGAAUUUCUGUGUCGCGCACGUUUCGUUGGUGCCAUCGCCUCGUUCGACGGGCGAACCGAAGACAAAACCCACACAAGCCUCGGUCCGGGAACUUCGUGGUUUGGGCUUGAGUCCCGAUUUGAUCAUGUGUCGCUCGGAAAAGGUCAUCGGACAAGAGGUUAAGGAGAAAAUCAGUAAUUUUUGUCACGUGGCGCCCGAACAAGUCAUCUGCAUUCACGACUUGGCCUCAAUUUAUCACGUGCCCUUGCUGAUGGAAGCGAAUGGCGUCAUAGAUUUCCUUAACGAACGCCUACAGUUGAACAUUAAAGUGCCGCGACCCAAUCGAAGUCUUUAUAAAUGGCGCGAUUUGGCGCGACGUGCCGAAAAUCUCAACAAGGAAGUAAAAAUCGCGCUCGUUGGCAAAUACACGAAACUCGAGGACGCCUAUGCGUCAGUUGUAAAGGCCUUGCAACACGCAAGCAUCACGGUCGGAUACAAACUAAGUCUGAAAUUCAUCGAGGCGUGUCAUUUGGAGAGAACUACAAAAACGGACAAUCCUGCUUUGUAUUACGAGGCAUGGGGACAACUUACAGCAAGCGAUGGGGUAAUUGUGCCCGGUGGCUUUGGACAACGCGGGAUCGAGGGAAAAAUUCGGGCAUGUCAGUGGGCGAGAGAGAAGAAAAAACCGUAUCUCGGGAUUUGUUUGGGACUGCAAGCUUCCGUAAUAGAGUUUACGAGAAAUGUUUUGAAACUCGAGGGAGCGAAUUCGACAGAAGUUGACCCGAAAACGCCGCAUCCGGUGGUUAUAGAUAUGCCGGAACAUCAUCCAGGGCAGAUGGGUGGCACGAUGCGCUUGGGCAAACGUACGACACUUUUCAGAUACGACAGUGUGAUACGCAAGUUGUACGGCGGCACUGAUAAAGUCGACGAGCGUCAUCGACAUCGUUACGAGGUGAAUCCCGAUUACGUGGAAAAAAUGGAGGAAAAAGGCUUGAUGUUCGUGGGGCACGAUGCUGAUCAAAAACGCAUGGAAGUCGUCGAGCUCAAAGAUCAUCCGUAUUACGUGGGCACGCAAUACCAUCCGGAAUAUUUGUCGCGUCCCCUGAAACCUUCUCCGCCAUUCCUCGGACUGAUUCUCGCGUCAGUGGGUCGCUUGCCGUCGUACCUUAAUCAAGGUUGCAAAUUUUCGCCACGACACUCGAGUGACGAUUCUGCAUCGGAAGACGAAAGUCGGCAGCGGCUCCUCAUGCCGAAUGUCGAAAAACUCCGCAUCAAUGGGAACGGAUAUUUGCACGAAAUUAACGGCAUUGUCGAUCGUUCCUCAUCGAGUGCAGUAAGUGCCAAUAGUUCUGACGAAUUAGCUAAUUAAGUGACGUGAAUGGAACGGAAAAUCGCUCUACUUAGCUUGUAAGCCUAAAUUGUUUUUAGUUUAAAAAAAUUCUAUUAGAUAAGGAAAAAUUGUAUCAAAUAUCCGUUACUUAAAAAAAAUUAAAAUAAAAAUAUCUUCCAUAAAAAAAAUCACAGCUGAUCGCUUUGAAGAUCACGUCAGCUUUAAAAAAAAAAAAUAUUUACUUAAAAAAUUGCUCUUGCUCUAAUGACGCAAUAAAAAAAUGUAAACAAAUUUAUCUCAGAUUACAAAAAAAAAAUUAUCAUAGAGCAAUAUAAAAAAAUGAACGAUGAUUUUAAAUCAAAGUUUGAUAAAUAAAAAAAAAAUAUGAUAAGACGCGAUUCCAAUUUAUAGAAAGAAAAAAAUCUCUAUUUUGUUAAGAAAAAGUUUGAGACUUUGUUAAAAAAAAUUAAAUAAAAAAGUAGCAC